AGUCCAACUGUAAAUAUUAGUGAUAUAUUAUCUUCCUUAUCUGAUAAAUCAAUAUCACCUGAAUCUCAAGUUCAAAAGGCUAAUGAUUUAAUCAAUUUGUUUCAAAAUUAUCCAAAUGUUAAAAAUCAAUUGGUAUUCUCUCAAUUAGGCUAUAGAAUCCAAUUUUUUUUAUUAAGUAAAUCAAAAGAAGUAAUUGCUGCUGGUUUCAGAAUUGCUCGUUAUUUUAUUUCAGAUUAUGAUUCUCUAAAAUUAAUCCUGUCCCUAAGAAUCCAUUUUUUUAUCAUUAUCUCUCUAUCAAAAUCAAAUCCAAGCUAUUACAGUAAUAUCGAAAGAAUACAAGCUUUAAAAUUAAUAAGAAAAUACUUAGAUAUUCCAAAUGGUGCAGAAAUAUUAAGUGUUGGAAUAGUUAAUGCUUUAUUAUCAAUUUGUGACCAAAAUGAUGAUGAUUUGAAAAAUAUUGCAAUUGAAACACUUUGUGAGUUGAUUAUCUUAAAUCCCAAAUUGCUUUAUCAAGCAGACGGCUUCAGAUAUUUUCUAAAAAUCAUUGUUGAUGGCCCAUUCGAAUUAAGUCCAUUGGCUGGAAUGGCAGUAGUAAAACUAUUAUCUUCGCCUAAAUCAAGAAAGUAUAUUAAUGGUUAUGAUUUAAAUUAUUUACUAAACUAUUUUCUAACCUAUAAAACUCGCUUUAAUAUUGAAAAAUUAAACAACAGUGCAUUUUUAGUCUCUAGUUUUCUAAAAACCUGGUCAGGUUUAAUAGCAUUUUGUCAUAAUGAUUUUGAACCAUUCAAAAUAUUGAUCAAUUGUUUAAUCUAUAACAAUUAUUAUUCAAGAGAUUCGAUCAUGGACAUUUUUUUUGAUAUUUUGAACCUUAGACCUCUACCAUGGAUUAAAACAAUAGAUAUUAAAAUAAAUUCAAAAAAUAAAAAUUCAAAUUUUUAUUCACAAUCUGAAAUACUUUUACAACAAUCAAAUAUAAAUAAAAAAAAUACAAACACUGGCUAUCAUACAAAUUCGCCUAAUAAUCAAAUAACAAUAAUUAAUCAUUACACCUCAUUAAUAUUAGCAAUCUUGAUGAAUUGUAAUUUAAUGGACAAGUUAUUAUCAAUUGCCAAAACAACAGAUGAUAAAAAAAACAAAAGCAAAGCCAUUUGCUUAAUAAUAGAAAUCUUUCAACUAUCUUCAAAUUUAUUGCCCAGAAACUAUUGGGGAAUCUCAGAAGAAUUAGUAAGUUUAAUUGAAGAUAAUGGAAUCGAAAAUAUGAUGAAAUCCUCAAAAAUAUUUAAUUAUCAACAAUCCUCAAUAAAUACUAUAUUUCAAAUUGAAACAUACACUAGAAAAAUAUCGAAAGGAAAAACAACGUAUAAUGUUCCCCCAAUUGUGUUACAUUCUUUGGAUAAGCUAAAUAAGGACUUGAUUUAUAAAAUGGCCAUCAAUAUUGAUGAUUUUCAGUUUAGAAAAAUGAUCAACGAUACCAAGGUCUUAACAACAAAAGAUACCUCUGAAUGGAAAUGGGAUAUUAUAAUUGAUUUGGCAAAUGGCCCUCUAAAAAACCCCAAAAGGUUUGAAGAGACUCUUAAAACCACAAAAUUCAUAAAACGAUUAAUGUCAUUUUAUAGGCCAUUUAAAAAAAAAUUCUCUUCGAUGAAAAAAUCAAAAGACCAGGACAAAUACAUAAACACAGGAUGUGCCUUAUUCAAAAUGUUUUUAUCAACAAGCGAAGGUUUUAAAUAUUUAAGCGAAAAUAAGUUACUACCUCAAAUUGCUGAAUGUUUAGCGCAAAUUGAUCCCUAUAGUUGUAUUACAGCUAAUGAACCAAUUUUUUCCAAAAAGUACUUAGCGACUCGACUAAGCUUUGGCUAUUUUAAAAUGUUAGCGGUUUUAUCUUCAAGUUCCCAGGGAAUAAGUUUAUUAAGCAAGUGGAAUAUAUUUACUAUUUUAUAUCAUAUAGUAGAGAGAAAUGAUAGAUCUGAUAUUGUUCUAACAUUUUUACCUGAAUUUAAUUACUCUAAGCAAAGUCAUUUGAGAAUUAUUUUUUCAAAGGCUUUGACAACAAGAGACAGAACAGUUCGUCUCUAUGCAACAAAUCUUUUAAAGGAUUUAUUAAGAAUACCUUCUUGUUCUAAAUGGGCAAUAAAUCUUUUGAUCGGUCAACUAUAUGAUACAGAUAUAGAAGUUUGCAAUGUGAGUGUUGAGAUAUUAGAUGCUUACUGUGUUACACCAGAAAAUAUGUAUGAAGUACUAAAAUAUCGUCCCUCUUUAGAUCAUUUGGGUAUGAUUGGAGCGCCAUUAUUAUUAAGGUUUUUAUCAUCGCCAUUGGGAUUUAAUUAUUUGAGUGAGUUCGAUUUAAUUGAGAAUGAAAUGGAUGAUUGGUUUAACAGAAAAAAUGAUUUAUACGUGCUAGAAAUAGAAAGUUUGCUAUUUGAUGAAUAUUCGCCCUUUCAAAACAUGCUAGAUUCUGACGGCGAUGAAGAUGUAAAAGUUAUUGAUGAUUAUAAUAUCUUCUUUCAAAAAAAAAUAUUACCCCAUCACUUUUUUGGAGAAUUGGUCAAGACAGAGGAAGGAAACGAGUUAUUAUCAAGAACGACAUACUUUCAAUCAUUUGUCAAUACAAUAAAUGCAUUGAAAGACGAGUGUGAAAAUAUGGAAAAUAUUAUUAAGUUGAAGGGUUGUUUAUGGGCAGUUGGGCAUAUUGCUUUAUCUGAUUUUGCGAUAGAAUUGGUUGAUAAAAGUGGUAUUAUACCAACAAUAAUUUAUAUCUGUAAGAUGAGUAAAAUUUGGAGUUUAAAAGGUACAGCAUUUUUUGUUGUGGGGCUAAUUGCUAAUACUCAAGAUGGUAUAGAAUGUUUGGAUGAAUAUGGAUGGGAUAUUUCGUUUGAUAUAAAUAAUAAUCCAAUAGGUAUAUGUCUUCCGAAAAAUUUGAAUGAGUAUUUUGGUAACGACAAAACCUUGAAAGUAUUGGAUGUAGAUUCUGAAAAAAAUGUUAUUUAUGACACUUCUUCGAAGGAUUUGGAGACAUCAGAUGCAAUAGUUAAAAAAAUAUUUACUUCUAUAUCAUACUUGUGUGUUCCAAUGCUAAUGGGUCAAGGAGGGAAACUGUUGAAUAAGUUAAGAUCAAAAUAUAGAGAUAAAUUUGAUACAGCUGAAGUAUUUCUUGGUGCAAUGAAUCUACUUGAAAACACCAAGUACAAGCCUGGAGCAAGAAAAUUUAUUGUUGAAUUAUUUUCAAAUUCUAAAGCCAUUGAAGCGUUAUUGAAAAAGGAUCGGAGAAGAUCUAAAGUCGAA